AUUUAAGUUAAAAGCUGAUAUUACCCUAGGUUCCUAAAUUCUAAUCGGCGCAAUCCGAGUUAAAAACAAAAAAGUUUGGAAAAAAAAUAUGAAUACAUAGCUCUCAGCUGCUGAAUCUUAAUGGUAACAUCCAAAUUUCUGUCUCGCUAUCAGCUUCCUCUCUCCAUAUCUCAGUCUGUCAUAAUGUCUGCUUCAAACAACUGUCCCUGAAGCUCAAGAUUGAAUUUUGAAACCUUUUCCAUUAACCCAACGUUUGUUUCAUUCAUAUUUGAAGCUCAACGAUUGAAUCUUGAAACUUUUUUCAGUAUACAGCAAAAUCAUUGACAUGGGUACUAGCAAGCAGAAAUGGAGAAUUUCGUUUCACAAGUCUCCAUCAAAACACCCUCCUAUUCCUAUAGAAUUUGUCUGUCCUAUUUCUGGUUCUCUCAUGGCUGACCCUGUAAUCGUUUCUUCUGGCCAUACUUUUGAGCGCCACUGUGUUCAUGCCUGCAAAUCACUUUCUUUUACACCUGUUCUUCCUGAUGGCUCUGUACCUGAUUUCUCCACCGUCAUCCCCAACUUGGCUCUCAAGUCUACAAUCCUCAAUUUUUGCCGUUCUUCUCUUCUUGACCCUCCAAAACCCAUCAAUUUCCUCACAGCUGAAAAUCUUGUGUUUACAUUGAAGGCCACCCAAAACCUCGCUAAAGAUACUGCCGGAUUCAAUGGCGUCCGGUUUAUUCAGUCGGAAACUGAGUUGAACCGGGUACCGAGUCACAUCUCAACGAGUUCAGAGGAAUCUGUGACCCCUAGAAGUGGACCCACUUGUUACUCUUCAUCGCCGGCCUCUGACGUGGAUACUCUGAACCCUAAUUCCAUUGAAGAAGAUGAACUUCUUGUGAAAUUAAAGAGUUCCCAUAUAUCUGAACAAGAAGAAGCUGUCAUCUCCUUUCGGAAAUUGACCCGAACCCGUGAAGAAACACGGUUCCAGUUAUGCACUCCUCGUAUACUGUCAGCUCUACGUGUCCUCAUCACCUCAAGGUAUGUUUCUGUACAAGUGAAUUCAGUAGCCGCAUUGGUAAAUUUGUCGUUAGAGAAUCGAAACAAGGUGAAAAUUUUACGUUCUGGAAUUGUUCCGUCUUUGAUUGACGUGUUGAAAAGUGGAUUCCAAGAAGCACAGGAGCAUGUUGCUGGUGCACUUUUCAGUUUAGCGUUAGAUGAUCAGAACAAGACUGCAAUUGGGGUAUUAGGAGCUCUGCCUCCACUUCUUCAUGCCCUUCGCUCCGAAUCGGAACGAACUAGGCAUGAUUCGGCUUUGGCCCUGUAUCAUCUUUCAUUAGUUCAGAGUAACAGGGCUAAAUUGGUGAAACUCGGGGCGGUUCAGGCAUUAUUAGGCAUGGUUAAAACGGGCCAUAUGAUGGGUCGGAUUCUGUUGAUACUUUGUAAUCUGGCAGCGAGUUCUGAAGGGAGAGCAGCAAUGCUUGAUGGAGGUGCAGUGGAGUGUUUUGUAUGUAUGUUGAGAAAGGGGGAGUUUGAUUCGGAGUCGACUCGUGAGAAUUGUCUUGCUGCAUUAUAUGGACUAAGUCAUGGUGGGCUUAGGUUUAAAGGGUUGGCUAAAGAGGCUGCUGCAGAGGAGUUGUUGAUACAAGUUGAGGAAAUGGGAAGUGAAAGGACCAAGGACAAAGUUAGAAAGAUAUUAGAGGUUUUGAGACAGAAGGAUGAAGAGGAGGAGGAAGCUGAUUGGGAGAAGUUGCUUAAUUCAGAUGAUGAUAUCAGUCAAGCACGGAUAAGUUCUUCAUAACUCUUGUUUGUUUCUGUUUCUUCAUUGUAUGCUAUUUUAUUCCUUUUUCUGAGAAAUGGCUUGUAAUUAGGCACGGUGUUCUCUCCGCAUAGCUGCUGGUAGCAUGAUUUUUGGUUUUGGUUUUCCUCGUCUGUCUUCUGAAAUCAUGUGACAAUUGACAGGGUAAAUAAUGUUGGAAGUGUAAAGAAAAGAUUCUGAACAGCGUGUUUUUGUUUUUUUCUUUAACAUGAACUCAUUGUCUCCUAGUA